AUGCAUGACAGCCUCCAUAGGAACUGGAAAACUGGGAAAUCUUACACAGUUAGAGAUCUGGACAAUGGCUACUUCGUUGCUUCUUUUGACAGUGAAGAUGACAUGAAUAGGAUACCUCAAGAUGGCCCGUGGAUGGUAUCUAAUAAAUACUUGCUAAUGCAGAGAUGGAGACCAAACUUUGACCCUUGGGAUGCAGAACUACAAAAGAAAAUUGCCGUGUGGGUAAGAAUUCCUCUAUUGCCUCUAGAAUUUUUCAAUCCAACGAGCCUACGGAUGAUUGGAGAAUUGAUUGAACGGACACUAAAAAUUGACAAGAUGACCUAUGAAAGCGAAAGAGGUAGAUUUGCUAGGAUUUGUGUCGAGGUGGAUCUUAGCAGAAGACUCAAAUCUGCGGUCAAUAUAUUCGGCAAACGGAGGUGCAUAGCUUAUGAGGGACUUUAUCUAAUUUGUUUCUGUUACGGGAAGUUUGGCCACCAUAAGGAUCAUUGUCCUGGUAUCAAGACUCAUCCUGAAGUUGAGAAGAAUGACCGGACAAGCUCCACAGGAAAUGUAUCACAAAAGACAAGUGGAGGAAUUUGGAUUACUUGGAAUGGGACGAUUAUAUCUGUCUCGGUAGAAGGGAAAUCAUAUCAAUUUAUUCAUGCUUGGGUGACCAAGGGGCAUGAAGAGUUCUAUAUAACUUCGGUGUAUGCAAGCACCAAUAUCAACAAAAGAAGACACUUCUGGAGAGAUCUUGCUAAGCUUCAACCAAGUAAUGACAAGCCUUGGGUGAUCGGUGGCGACUUCAAUGCCACUUUAUUCCAUAAUAAAAGGCGUUCCAGUGCUAUUAACCCAACUUCUAUUGACCGUGAAUUUCUAAAUUGGUUUGAGGAGCUGGAAUUGAAUGAUUUGGGAUGUCAAGGUCCUUUCUUCACAUGGAGAAGAGAGGGAUGUGAGAGUAGGAUUGACCGGGUGGUUGCGAACGCUAAGUUUACUGAGACAUACAUGGAUGCAAGUGUUAAACACCUACCUUGGUUUGGUUCAGAUCAUCGUCCUCUGUUACUAAGCACCGCGGUUAAAACCCUUAAUGGCCGAAAGGAUCGACCCUUUCGUUUUUUGGCAUCUUGGGUUUUGCAUGACGAAUUUCCAAGAAUGGUGGUGAAAGAGACAUGGGAUGGUAGUGUAAGCUGGGAGGAAAAUAUCAAAAAUUUCACUAAUGAAGUAGGGAAGUGGAGCCACAACGUGUUCGGGCAUAUUGGGCGAAUGAAAAGUCGUCUGAUGGGGAGACUAGAAGGAAUCAACAAGCACUAUGGCUCUUCUAAUCACUCGUCCUCAAUAGACCAACUUGAUUCCUACCCUCGGUUGGACCAGCCCAUUCUUGAUAGAACCAGCACAGAGGUAGACGUCAAAGAGAUCCAUUUUGCCAUGUUUAGUAUGGGAGGCCUUAAAGCUCUGGAACCAGACGGCCUCAACGCCCUUUUCUUUCAACACCAAUGGGACAAUCUUGGGUCCUCGGUUAUUCAAGUGGUUAAAGAUACUUUCUCUGAUCCAUCGUCUAUUCAGAAACUGAAUUACAUGUUCACAGUGCUAAUUCCAAAAAGGGAGUACCCUGAAACCAUUUGUGAUUUUAGGCCUAUCAUUCUAUGCAAUGUUAUAUAUAAAACCAUUACAAAAGUUAUUGCUAAUAGAAUUAAGGAAUUUCUCCUCGAGGUCAUUUCCCCAAAUCAAUGCAAUUUUGUCCUGAGCAGAACUAGUGCUGAUAACAUUGUGGUUGCUCAAGAAGUUAUCCAUUCGAUGAGGAAUAUGCAAGGAAAGCGAGGAUAUAUGGCGAUCAAAAUUGAUUUGGAGAAAGCUUAUGAUAGAAUUCUCUGGGAAGGCAGUAGGGCAGAAGAAUUUACUCCCACUCGCGGUUUGAGACAAGGAGAUCUGCUCUCCCCCUACCUAUUCAUGAUAUGUAUGGAGAAAUUGGCCCAUUUAAUCCAAGACGAGAUUAAUUUAAAGCAACGGAAACCUAUACGAUUGGUAAGAGACCAACUGAGUAGUUGGCAUGCUUCACGCUUCUCCCUCACUGGCCGAGAUAAACUCAUGAAAUCAGUAAUUGCUGCUAUGCAAGUGUACGUUAUGCAAACUGCUAAUCUUUCCCCAUCUACAUGCAAUGAGAUUGAGAGAAAAGCUAGGAAUUUCUUAUGGGGGUCCUCGGACGAGAAACAGAAGAUGCACCUUGUGUCUUGGAGCAAAUUAUGCACUGAUAAAAAGAGUGGAGGGUUGGGUAUGCGUCAUUUAAAACAACAAAACAAGGCCUUUAUGAUGAAACUUGGAUGGGUCUCGUUCACGAUCAUGAAUAUCUUUGGACCAGAGUUAUUUGAGGGAAAUAUGGCUGUGGAAGUGACUUGA